CGUCAAUGCUGCACCACAGCGACCCCUGGUGGCUGAGCGGGUAGCGGGGGAGCAGCAGGAGGCUGUCUGUUGUUAGCUUUUGUUUGUAGCCACAUAAGUUUCCAUCUGCAGCUGGUGGCGGCUGCUCCUCUCGGUCUUGGCUCAAAACAUCCAGGUUGCAGACAUGCCAAGUCUAAAGCUGAUCUCUGCGACGGACACACAGUACUCAGCGACUGUGCUCAAGUCCAUGAAUGAGCAGAGAAAUCAUGGAUUAUUUUGUGACGUCACCAUCAUCAUCCAGGACAAGAAAUUCAGGGCUCACAAAACAAUCCUGUCGGCCUCGAGCACGUACUUCCACCAGCUCUUCACUGUAGCCGGACAAGUGAUCGAGUUGAACUUCAUCAGAGCGGAAAUCUUUGAGGAGAUUCUCAAUUACGUGUACAGCUCCAAGAUCGUCCGUGUGCGCUCUGACAUGCUGGAGGAGCUUAUAAAUGCUGGAAAGAUACUGGGAGUGAAGUUUAUCGCAAACUUGGGGUCGCCAUUAUCACACGUGAAGGGGCUGCCUGGUUUGUCCAAAGAGCCAGAGAACAAAAAUGAGACGCCUGCAGAGGUGAUGCCGAUCAUCACGGAGUCCUUCUCGAUAUCUGCAGAGGAAUUCAAUCAGACGAGCAAACCUGCAGAAAACGACGAGGACUCGGACGGCGACGUUAUGUUUGUCUCGCAGACAAAGGCUCAGGCAGCCAGUCAGAAAGCCGACUCUGGAGAGAUAAUUGACGUGGAAAAAGCCGAAGCAGAGAAUGUAGCAGCAGUGAAAAAUAAAGAAUCCAAUCAUGCCGCUGCAAAACAUAAAGAUAAACCCACAGCUUCCCCGAAAACACAAGCUGCUAAGAGUCCCAGUGUCAGUUCUACUAAGCCCAGUUUACCGGACAGCAGCCCUCUGCACAGCCCAGACUCCAGCUCCAAUAUCCUGUCUUCCCCUGCUAGAGUUUCCACAGGAAGUGCUCCCACAACACCAGCCAGGCCAAGCAGUGUCACCCCCGAGCCCUCCAGUGCCGCCCAGUCCUCCGAAAACAGCGACAUCAUGGGAGUCCACAAAAAACAAGUCUCUACUUCAACUCAGAAGGGGAAUUCCAAAAUAAGGCUGUUAGAUGUUUUCGAAAGUCCAGCUAUUCAGGCUCACAAUCCCAAAUCAGCAAUAACAGCAAAAAAGACGGUGACACUCAAUACAGCCACAGAGAUUGAUUCCAUUUCUUCAGGCUGUAAAGUUUAUGCCAAUAUUGGAGAAAAUACUUAUGACAUUGUCCCAGUGAAGGAGGAUCCAGGGGAGGGAGGCUCUAAAGCCAGUAAAGUGAAGAGGUCAUUGAUGGCAACGCCUUUGAAAACCCUUGAUAAAGUACCGUUGUCCCCGAAGGCCAACCCAAACAAGAGGAGCAAAACCGAGCUGGAGGAUCACUACGAGCUGAUCAUGGAUGGGAAGACUUUCUUCGUGUGCAUCAUCUGCAAGCGGCCAUACGUGUGUCUGACGAGCCUCCGCCGUCACUUCAACACCCACUCAUGGGAAAAGAAGUACCCGUGUCGCUACUGCAACAAAGUCUUUGCCUUGGCCGAGUACAGAACUAAACACGAAAUCCACCACACAGGAGAGAGGAGGUACCAGUGCUUGGUGUGCGAAGAAACAUUCCUGAACUACCAGUUACUGUCCACCCACUGCAAGCAUGUCCACAACCAGGACCCGAGCGGGAGGAAGGAGAAAGACGACACAGACAACAACUUGUACCGCCUGCUGCCGUGCAAAUCGGUGCAGAUGAAGCCGUACUCAUGGGCGACUGAGGGGCCGGGGGUCCCCUGCAUCUCCGAGGACGGCAGCGUGCACUCCAUAACCACCGGCAGUGAAGACGUCCACUCUUCAACCCAGAGCAGGAUGUUGAACUGGGACGACAUCUUCGUUGAGCCCAAUGCACACAUGCCGCCUGACGCCCACGCUCGACCAGGGUCGACCGUGAACAACACCCCCCCACAGGCAGCUACAGAGUUUGACUUUGUUAUACCAGAGACCUACUGAGCGGCACAUGCUGCUCUGUUACCUGUGCCUUUUAGGUGCCCCACACACUUUGUCCUCUUUGGUUCCAUGUCAACAAUUUUCUUCGUUAAUUCUCAAUAGAUUGAACGCAAGGUUCGGCCACAUUUCCGUUUAACAAAAAUGUGUAGUUUUAUUGAACUAAACACAGUGAUGAUGCAGAUCCACACGGUUAAAGUUAAUCAAAGCUGAACGCUGAACUUUGAGUCCCUCUGCGAUUUCACAGGAACAGGAAAUGGAUGCUUGAGUUUCUGGUGCCGGCUUCAGUUAAAGGAGCAAAUGGUUGCAGUUGAUGGAAGUUCAAUGGGACCGUACUUUUUUUCAUAUUCUGCUUUUGUAAUAGCCUUGAUCUUCGGUAUCAUUGGAGUAAAUGAUAAUGACAUUAGCAAACAAACAUAGGAGUGGAUCAGCGUGUGUGGUUAAAACAGUAUUAUAGCCUCAAAAUCUGUAACAGCACAGAAAUGAAACAUUUAAAUUAUGUUUAUUUGAGCCUUUUUUCCCCACAUUUGCCAAUUCAGUUAACAGACGGUAAACAGUAAACAGAUUGAGAAUCUUGGCUCAAUUUCGAGGAUCAGAUGUAAGUUUUAACAGAUGUGAGGAAUUUCUGGACUGAAUCUUCCUGGUCCAUGUUCGAGACCAAAUUCUGCUCGAGAGAAAAUUAUCUGAAAUGUAUUCUUUCAUUAUGUGAUUGUCUGCGAUCCCACAUCUGGGUCAUGUGGCAGGGAAUAUGCUUUUUUUAAUGUUCUUUUUCAGUGGUUGGUGAAUAAUGAGGUUUUAUUCUUUUGUUUGUCAAACUCUUAUUUUGAUGCACCCUGUACAUUUUUAUUUCCUAUUAUUUCAAUGUUUUUUCCCCCUAUGUUAGAUAUUAUAUUUUGAUGCCAAAUUCUGCCGGCCACGUUACGUUGGCCGGAGAUUUUUGCAUUCAAAUGUGAUGAUUGGAUUAUUUCAGUCCAUGGAAAUAGCACUUAGUGUUGUAACACGCGGAAUUUUAUUUGUGUGAUGUUUUAAUUUUUUCAUUCUUUUGUUUUGACACUGUGUCAGAAUGUAGGGAUCGGUCAGUAUGAGUGAGAAAGUAGUGCUAACAUGCGAAACUCUUCAAUUUCAUGUCGCUCAAUAAAACCAUGCAGAUUGUUUUUUUUUUACAAAUUAACAUUGGUGUGUGUGAUGUACAGUAUAUAUUUGUGCUAACUUUUUUUUUUUUUUUACAGCUUCAGAUUUAUUUAUUAGGUUUAUAGCGUAGAUAAAAUGAAAUUGUUCUUUAACACUUGAGUCUGUUGGCAUUUUUCCAGAAUGUCCCUUUUUCUGUCCAUUGGCAAUGAGAAUUAUGUGACAGUAAAUAAAUUAUUUUUAAUUAC